CAUGCCUGGCCCACAAUAAUAUUAAGUAUACGUAACAGCUACACACAAAGCAGAUACUCCCCAACGCUGCUCGCUGGCAGCUGCUGCGCCGAGACGUCCACGUCAACUGAGCUGCCGACUGAGCUGGUGACACCGUUGCCUUUGCCCAAAUUGCCGCUCGCCAUACACUACGAGACCCUUUGUCCGGAUAGCAUGUUCUUUAUACGCCGUAGACUCAAAGCUGCACUUGACGACAAUGACUGGUGGCCGGUCACCGAGCUGCAGCUGCUACCAUUUGGCAAGGCGGGCUUCUAUAAUAAUACAGAAAUUGGUGAGCUGCAAGUGUUUUGUCAACAUGGACGCGAGGAAUGCGAGCUGAAUGCUCUACAUUGUUGCAUCUUGGAGCAUUUGGAAACUCGUCAGGCCUUCGAGCUUGUCCAUUGCAUGCUGGGCAACUAUUAUAAUAAUCUAGCCGAGUGCGCCAAGCGUCUGAAUAUUGAAACCACUCAAAUCGAGCAUUGCAAGCAAACACGUCAGACAUCCGAGAUUCUUUGGCCUUAUGGCAAGCAAACAAUACCCAUUGGUUUAUCUUUUGUGCCCUCCAUUGUAUUUAAUAACAACUUUGAACCCUUUGAACAGAGCAGCAUACGCUAUAAUUUUGAAUCUCACUUUUGUCGUGUAUACCAAGAAAAAUUCAAGAUAACACUGCCCACUUGUGAAGGGAAACAACCAAUUGAUUAGAAGGGAAUCCCAGCAGCAUUGUCAUAUUUUUGGAAACUUUUAUGAUGUAUUUUAUGUUAUUUGUUUCUUUCUUAAUCGCUCAAUUCUGAGAAGCUUUAAAUUAAAGAUUGCAAGCUAGAUUGUAGUC